CCCCCCCCCCCCGCAUUUUCCCAUUCGUCACGUUCACGAUCACGAUCACGAUUAUUCUUCCUUGACUUCUCUUCUCCUCUCUCUUUUGGACCGAAAGUUCUUCCCCUCUUGCCCGCUCCGUUCGCCCCAGUUUGAACCUAAUUGAACCUAAUUUCUAAACCCUGCCUACACCUUUCUCCGUCUAUACUGGCCUCAUUGUUCGAUCCUCCUCUUCGUGUUCUCGGGUUCCUAUUCUUCUGUACUAUUUCGUCGCCCCGCCCGAUCCUGUCUGCCUCCGCCGGUGACCGCUCGUUUUUUUCUGAGCUGUCUCAGUAGCUAGUACAUCCAUGGAUAACGCAAACCUCUGGACCCGCAGAUCUAACGCUUCCAAGUUGUCUCUGUCGAUGACAGGGUCGGACGGCGCUAGAGUUGAACUUCCCCGCGCCUCGAAACGGUUUGGCCCAGAUAGCUCCCACGGUGGUCGAUCCAACCCUUUCAACGCCCUGUCGCCUCUAUCGGGCGGCGUCUCUUCUCCUUCGACAAACGCCUCCUCCGCAUUCGGCCUGGGCUCCGGUGCCUUCGCGUCUUUCGGAGCCCCCAAGACUCCCGGAGCUUCCGACGUCAAGACUCCUGGGUUCGAGAAACGGGAGAACCCUGUCGACCAGGAACUUACGGCGGAAAGCGCCAAAGCCAAGGUCGCGUUCGCGAUCAAAGAACAUCCGCUCAAGUCCACAUGGGUGAUUUGGUACCGCCCGCCGACCCCUAAGUAUUCCGAUUACGAAAAGUCCACCGUCCCCCUCGCCGCGAUAUCCUCGGUGGAGAGUUUCUGGUCGGUCUACUCGCACCUCAAGAGACCAUCUCUCCUUCCUACCGUCUCCGAUUACCACAUCUUUAAGAAGGGCAUCCGUCCUGUCUGGGAGGACGAUGCCAACAAGAAGGGUGGCAAGUGGGUGGUGCGGUUGAAGAAAGGCGUGGCGGACCGGUACUGGGAGGACCUGCUCCUGGCUAUGGUUGGGGAUCAGUUUGCGGAAGCGGGCGACGAGGUUUGCGGAGCUGUCUUGAGUGUGCGCAGUGGGGAGGAUGUGCUGAAUGUCUGGACUCGGAUCGAUGGGGGACGGAACAUUAAGAUUCGCGAAACUAUCAAGCGUCUACUCAACUUCCCCACCGACACCAACAUCGUCUGGAAGAGCCACGACGACAGCAUCGCUCAACGCUCGGCGAUCGAUCAGGCUCGCCAGGAUAAGGCCGCUGGUAGCACCGGGCACCACCAUCACCACCAUCACCACAAUAACAACCAACAACAACACCACCAUCAGCAGCAGCAGCAGCAACUGGGGGGAGAUCGACGACGAGCCCCGACGACGGCUAGCGAGGAGUCCGACCACAAGGGCAAGGCCGCUUUGCCUUGAUCGCCAUGCUUUAUUCUUCUCUCUCUUUUCUCUUUUCUCUCUUUUCAGCCAGCCUGGGUCAUAUGGGUCCUGUAUAGUAAAAAAAGGAAAUCUUUUUUUUCUUUCCACGCAAAACUCAUUGGGACGAAUUGGGAUCGGGGGCAUUUGGGGCGAACAUUGCGUCUGAUCUGAUUUUCUAUCUUACGUUUUUAUUGUCCGGAGGGUGUUCGUGUCGCAUUGUUUCUCUUCUAUUCUCACUAGUUUCGAAUGACACGCGAGAUGCUACGCUAUGCUAUGCUACGCUAUGCCAUCUGAUGUUAUGAUCUGGGAUGGGGUUUGUGGACUGUGGGAUAUGGUUGUCAAAUGUGAUGGGAUGAAGACAUGCGUUAGUAACUACUGGAAUUAC